GGGCCGGGCCGGGGCCUGCGGCGCCCGUCGGGCGGCUGGAGGAGCGAUGCAGGCCGAGUAGCGGGCCGCCCUGCUCGGCUGUCGGCCCUCGCUGCUGGGAUUAUAAAUGUUCGGGCUAAGACCCGGGGAACUGAGACGAGAGCCUCCGGCCGGAAUUAACGGAGGAGGAAGGAGAGGAGGCUUUUCCAGAUCCUUUGCAAGAGGGCUGAAGCCGUUUUCCCACCCUGCGCUUUUUCUGUUCAAUAAAGUGAUCGUGACCUGAGUGGGAUUUCAGAGCGAUGAACAGCUGAAGCUUGUUGCACCAGCGGGAUAGAGUAUUUUUCUCUCUGCACAUGAUUCCCCCAUCCCAGCUGCUGCAGGAACUAUGGGCCACUAAUAGAGAGACGAGAAGCUGAAACAGUUUAUUUUCACAUUCUUCUGUUCUGGGGACUUGGCAAGUUAGCUGGAGCUGCUGCUGCUUUUUACUGGAUCUGCUCUUUGCUUGGCAGAUUUAUUCAUUUUCACGUGUGUGGGGUAUUUCAAUUAAAUAGAUGUUGGACUAGAGCUGAAUGGAUACUUUGCAAUCUGAAAGGUUUUUGGGGAUAACAAAAAACUAAAAACAGAAGAACUGGUACUGCAAGGAGCUUGAGGCCUGUUUUCCAAGCCUUUUUAUUUCAUUGAGCAAGAUGAUGUGUGAGGUGAUGCCAACCAUCAGUGAGGCAGAGAUUCCCUCUGGGGGAAAUGGAGGCCAUGGUUCAGGUUCCCCAUUACAGUCAGAUGCUGAUUCCCAUUUUGAGCAGUUAAUGGUGUCCAUGUUGGAAGAAAGGGAUCGCCUUCUGGAAACACUAAGAGAAACUCAGGAGACGCUAGCAUUGACCCAGGGCAAGCUGCAUGAAGUUGGUCAUGAGAGGGAUUCCUUGCAGAGACAGCUCAAUACUGCGCUUCCACAGGAAUUUGCAGCGCUUACAAAAGAGUUAAAUGUAUGCAGGGAACAGCUGCUUGAAAGAGAAGAAGAAAUUGCUGAACUGAAAGCAGAAAGAAAUAACACACGGCUAUUAUUAGAACAUCUGGAGUGUCUAGUCUCCAGACAUGAGCGAUCUCUGAGAAUGACUGUUGUUAAGAGACAAGCUCAGUCUCCAGCAGGAGUUUCUAGUGAAGUAGAAGUUCUCAAAGCACUAAAAUCUUUAUUUGAACACCAUAAAGCUCUUGAUGAAAAGGUAAGGGAGAGGUUACGAGUAGCACUUGAAAGAUGUAGCUUAUUGGAAGAAGAGCUAGGUACUACCCAUAAAGAGUUAAUGAUUCUGAAAGAGCAAAACAAUCAGAAAAAAACACUACCGGAUGGGAUGCUGGAUAUAAAUCAUGAACAAGAAAACACACCAACUACAAAUGGGAAGAGAUCCUCUGAUGGUUCACUGUGCCAUGAUGAAAACCUUGCUAAAGUGAUUGAACUCCAGGACAUCAUAGAUAAGCAAAACAAAGAGCAGGCACAAAUGAAAGAACGUCUUACUGCUUUGUCUAGCAGAGUAGCAGAGCUGGAAGAAGAUCUUGACACAGCUAGAAAAGACUUGAUAAAAUCUGAAGAAAUGAAUACAAAGUUACAGAGAGAUGUACGAGAGACUAUGGCCCAAAAGGAAGACAUGGAAGAGAGAAUUACAACUCUUGAAAAACGCUACCUCGCUGCACAACGUGAAGCUACAUCUGUGCAUGACCUCAAUGAUAAACUUGAAAAUGAAAUUGCCACUAAAGAUUCCAUGCAUCGACAGAGUGAAGAUAAGAACAGACAAUUGCAAGAACGGCUGGAACUGGCUGAGCAGAAGCUGCAGCAGACUUUGAGAAAAGCUGAAACUUUGCCGGAGGUGGAAGCUGAGCUGGCACAGAGAGUUGCAGCGCUUUCAAAGGCUGAGGAGAGACAUGGCAAUAUAGAAGAACGGCUCAGACAAAUGGAAGCCCAGCUAGAAGAAAAGAAUCAAGAACUGCAAAGGGCUAGGCAGAGAGAGAAGAUGAAUGAAGAGCAUAAUAAACGCUUGUCAGAAACUGUUGAUAAGCUUCUCUCUGAAUCCAAUGAAAGGCUUCAGCUUCAUCUCAAGGAAAGGAUGGCUGCCUUGGAAGAUAAGAAUUCUCUUCUUCGAGAAAUCGAAAAUGCGAAAAAACAAAUAGAGGAACUUCAACAUGAAAAGGAUCAACUUAUGUUAAAUGUUGAAGCAUUAAGGGCUGAAAAUGACCAAGUGAGACUCAGAGCCACAUCACUUCAUCAUAGCCGACCACAUUUGGGUAGUGUACCAGAUUUCAGAUACCCCAUGACAUCUUCAUCUGUGGCUGACAGUCAUACAGACUCCUAUGGCACCUCAUCAGUGUUAAGGCGUCCCCAGAAAGGGCGUUUGGCAGCUCUCAGAGAUGAACCUUCAAAGGUUCAGACCCUGAAUGAGCAAGACUGGGAGCGAGCCCAGCAAGCAAGUGUAUUGGCAAAUGUGGCACAAGCAUUUGAAAGUGACGCUGAUGUGUCUGAUGGUGAGGAUGAUAGGGAGACUAUAUUCAGUUCAGUUGAUCUGCUGUCACCAAGUGGUCAGGCUGAUGCUCAGACUUUGGCCAUGAUGCUUCAGGAACAGUUGGAUGCAAUCAACAAAGAGAUUAGACUUAUACAAGAAGAAAAGGAAAAUACAGAACAACGGGCGGAGGAAAUUGAAAGCAGAGUAGGUAGUGGAAGCCUGGACACCCAUGGUCGUUUUCGAUCAAUGAGCUCCAUUUCUCCUCCAUAUGCAACUGGUUCUCUUGCUGGGUCUUCCCCUCCUGGCAGUGGCCGCUCCACCCCAAGGCGGAUCCCACAUAGUCCAGCUCGGGAAGUGGACAGACUAGGUAUCAUGACACUAUCUCCAGCUUCUAGAGAAGAGGUACGAGAUGAUAAAACUACAAUAAAAUGUGAGACAUCACCACCAUCCUCGCCUCGAUCUUUGCGUUUGGACAGAGUCCAAAAAGGCGCUUUGCAUACAGUGAGCCAUGAAGAUAUCAGGGACAUAAGAAAUUCAACAGGCUCACAAGAUGGGCAAGCAAGUAAUCCUAGUAGCAGCAAUAGUAGCCAAGAUUCCCUUCAUAAGGCCCCCAAAAAGAAGGGGAUCAAAUCCUCUAUUGGCCGCUUGUUUGGCAAGAAAGAAAAGGGACGACCUGGACAAACCAGCAAAGACACAUUAGGACAAGUUGGUAUGGCAGAAGCAGAUGGUGCCUCUCAGGAUGCAUUAGGUCUCAGCAAACUCGGAGGUCAGGCAGAAAAAAACAGGAAACUGCAGAAAAAGCAUGAAUUGCUUGAGGAAGCCAGAAGACAAGGAUUACCUUUUGCACAGUGGGAUGGGCCUACUGUGGUUGUGUGGUUAGAGCUGUGGGUAGGGAUGCCGGCCUGGUAUGUGGCUGCUUGCCGAGCAAAUGUGAAAAGCGGUGCUAUCAUGUCAGCCUUGUCUGAUACAGAAAUACAGCGUGAAAUUGGAAUCAGUAAUCCUCUGCACAGAUUGAAGCUGAGGCUUGCCAUUCAAGAGAUCAUGUCACUAACAAGUCCGUCUGCCCCUCCCACCUCAAGGACGACUACGGGAAAUGUCUGGGUAACACAUGAAGAAAUGGAAAAUCUUACAGCCACACAACAAACGGAAGAUGAGGAGGGAAGCUGGGCUCAGACAUUAGCCUAUGGUGAUAUGAACCAUGAGUGGAUUGGCAACGAAUGGCUCCCUAGUCUGGGACUCCCUCAGUAUCGCAGUUACUUCAUGGAAUGUCUCGUUGAUGCUAGAAUGCUGGAUCAUCUAACUAAGAAAGAUCUCCGCGGACAACUUAAAAUGGUGGACAGCUUUCACAGAAACAGUUUUCAGUGUGGAAUUAUGUGCCUACGAAGACUGAACUAUGAUCGAAAGGAGCUUGAAAGAAAAAGAGAAGAAAGCCAGAAGGAAAUUAAAGAUGUCCUUGUCUGGAGCAAUGACAGAAUGAUCCGUUGGGUAUUGUCCAUUGGUCUUAAAGAAUAUGCGAAUAACCUAAUAGAGAGUGGAGUUCAUGGUGCACUCGUGGCCUUAGAUGAAACGUUUGAUUACAACGCAUUAGCUCUUUUAUUACAAAUACCUACUCAGAACACACAGGCACGUGCUGUUCUGGAGAGGGAAUUUAAUAACCUUCUUGCUAUGGGUACUGACAGAAGACUUGAUGAAGAUGAUGAUAAGAGCUUUAGGCGAGCACCUUCGUGGAGGAAGAAGUUUAGACCAAAGGACAUAAGAGGUUUAGCUGCUGGCUCAGCAGAGACUCUCCCUGCAAAUUUCAGAGUUACAACCUCAAUGUCUUCACCCUCUAUGCAGCCAAAGAAGAUGCAAAUUGAUGGCAGUGUAUCAGGAACACAAAGAUUGGAUUCUGCUACAGUAAGGACGUACUCCUGUUAAAGCCUUCUCCUGUUUACCCACACUAUUUCUACCGGUGAUAUGCAGCAUUUUGGAACAUUUGGAACUUUUAAUCUGUUAAUACUUGUUAAAUGGACACUUUGAGAUAUUUUAUUACAGAGUUUUUAAUUAGCAAAUAAAUUCAUGAGUACUAUAGAGAAAAUAUUUUAGAAUCUAAAUGUUUCUUAUAUUUAUGUGACUUCUCAUUUAUAUAGUUAGUUACUUUUUCUGUUUGUAUUCGGUCUACAAAACAAAUCAUUGCUGGUUUUUAUUCUAAUUUUAGUCUUUCCAACUGAAUGUACUGUAAUGCUUGUAUGUAUAUGUCCCUAUAAGUAAUAUAGGGUUUUUGUAAAUUAUGCAGUUACUGUAAUUAUCAUUGUUUUUUAAUAAUGAAACGGAAGGUGAAAAGGAUUUUCAUACCUUUGUAAAAGUAUCGUGACACCAAGCAGUAUAUAUUUUGUCUUUUGGAAAUGUUAGCUAGAUCUUAAAAAUAAGUCCAGCAUUUUUUUCAGAUAAGCAUAUGUGGUUGUAGAAGGUAUGGUACAUGAUUGUUCUUCUUUUCAGAACUGUACCUUUCCACAAAGAGGAUUUGUGAAGUAGUGGGGAUUUGUCUUUAUUUAAAAUAUAACUUGCUUUAAAAGCUGGGAAAAACUAGAACACUAUGGAACAUGUUGUAGAAAUGACUGACUCGGUCAUAACUCUGUCUUAGCUGUAUUUGUAUAGCAUAUCUUCACAGUGACUGAAAACAAGCCAUAAACUAAGAAAUGUUUUUCCUUAAUUGAGGAAGAUGGACUUCAUAAUAAUUCCUGAUAGUAAUCCACAGGCCACAGAGAGAGUUUUUGUCCUAGAUCUUUUUGAUUGAAAACCCUUGUGGAAAGGGUAAAACUAGUUUUAAUGGACCAAUCAUGAAGCACUGCAGUAUCAUGUCAAAUGUAUAGUGAAAGAUGAAGGUACAAUAUGCUGAAAACAAAAGCAGUGCAACUUCUAAUAAAGGCCUUACUUUUCUUAUGUAAGUCAUCUUUUUGUGUUUUGUAAGCUUGUUCUAAAGAGUUGUCUGGACUUCAGUUUUGAUGGUUGUAGCCAUUUUGGACUGUGUGAGUAGAAAAAUGUAUUCAACACUUGUAAAUGGCAUAUUAAAAAGCCAGCAAGAAAUCUAUUCAGAUCAUGGUGCAUUAUUUAUUAUGCAACAAUAUAUAUAGCAUGUCUUUUCUUAUUUUGUUUUCCACUUUUAACUUGCUUGUAAAACUGAAAUUAAUUGUUACUGUUCUGUUUUUCUAUUAAUCUUUUGUGUAUUUUCAGAUUAUGUAACAAUAUGUACAGUCUAAGUACUUUUGAACUAUUUUUAUCACAGUAUUAUUUAUUGCUUUCUUUCAAUAAAGUACUGAUGCAUUUUCCACUGCCAAUAAAACACUAUUGAAAAGCUAAGAUCUAAUUGUAUACAGGCAGGUAUUUUUGCGGUGAGUGGAGACUGUCAAUAAAGCAUCUUAAUGAUUGAUUGCUGCCCUGUAGAUCUUGUUUCAAAUGAUGGUUUUUCUCCUCUUCAGUAGAAGAAUGUUACAUUAGAUAUGACAUUUUCUUGAGAAUUGAGUUCACAUGUAUCAUCAGUUUUGAAAACAAUUUCAUAAAAUAACUGCUAUAUUGCCUACUUCUACUGGUAGUUAUAGCUAUGGUUUACAUCUUUUAACACACAACUUCACUGUUUUCUGGUCCACAUGUGAUGAAGAUUGAAGUGCUCUUGUAUGUAGCAGCAACAGUUGCUUUGUUAAUGAAAUGAGGCUAUGACAGUAGUGAUAUUUGUGGGGAGAAACAUUCGGAGUCUAGGGAACAAAUACAAAAUUUGGUCACAAUAGGGCUGUUUAUUUCAGUUUAAAUACAUUUUAAACCAUUUCUUGUGUAGAAGAGAAGACUGAAGGAAAAGCUUACAGAAUAACAGAAGCAGUAGUGAAGCAUAUUUCAUCACGUCCUCUAGAUCAACAGCAGGAUGUGGAAUGUAUGGAAUGGAGAACUAUUGCGACAGAUGCUUUAAACACUGUUCUGUACUACAUCUCUGUUUCUGUCUAGCUUGUCUAUAUGAACUGCUAUCUAAUAAUUUGUGGUUUCUUUUAUAAUUUCAGAGAACCUUUCUAGAAAAAAAUAAAAUGAAAGUGCAGAAGGAAA